AUGCCUAUCAAGUGGGAUGAAGGGGCCAUGUCUGCGCUCUUCCUGUCGGUGGUGGCAGUGGCCUGCCCGCCUUCGAUGACGGAUGAGCAGAAGAACCAAAUCGUCGCCGAUAUGCAUGGCCGAGGAUAUGACGUGAACUGGAAUGGCAUUCGGUAUUUCGCACACGCCCCCUUUCCACUCUGUGAUUUUUUGCAAAAGCAUUCGCAUAGUUUAUAA